AUGCAAUGUUGCAGACGUACUGAUGGAAGUUCAAUUUUGCUAGCUAUGCCUAUUGGAACAAAGGUUCUAUCAGCGGAAUCUUGGGGCAUAUCGGCUUGGACAAAGACAGCCAAAAUAUGCGUCAUAUUGCCUGGAGACACUCCAAAACGUUACUUUCUCAAGCUAGCCACAGGCAAGGGAGCUCGGGCCUUGACAGAAGGCGAAUUGCAUUCUGCAAAUUCAAUCAAUGAGCUCAUCACUGGAUUUGUGCCCAAAGCAGCUGGGUGGGGAAUGUAUCAGCAGGCAGAAGUCGCAGUUUACUGGUUCCUGGGUGACUUUCACGACAUGGAACUUUCAAGAGCCCCUGAACCUAUGCGUUUCACUUCGCAAAUUGCAGAACUUCACCGCAGAGGGGCCUCUCCAAAUGGGAUGUUUGGGUUCCAGGUCGCCACUGUUUGUGGAGUGAUGGUCCGCACAGUGACUUGGGAGAAGAGCUGGGCGGCAUCAUUCACUCAUCAACUCAAAGACGUCAUUAAGUAUGAUAACGAGGUUAAUCCUCCCUGGCCAGAGUAUGACUCGGCCUGUGAACAACUCAUUCAGAAGGUCAUACCAAGACUACUGGGUAUUUUGCAGGCUGACGGACGAACCAUAAUUCCAACUUUGAUCCAUGGGGACUUAUGGGAGGGUAACGUUGGCAUUGAUAUGGAGACUGGGGAGUCCAUUGCCUUCGAUCCAGGAUGCGUCUAUGCUCACAAUGAAUGUGAGUUCGGUACAUGGAGAUGUCCCUGGGCUCAUCAUUUCAACGCACCAAUUUACCAGCGACUUUAUCAACGUCACUUUGAGCCCUCUGAGCCAGCCGAAGAAUGGGAUGAUCGCAACCGCCUCUACAGCAUCCGUGCUCUCCUAAAUCAGGCGGCGGGGCAUCCUGGGAGUGUUGCGAGAGAGAUUGCCUAUAACGACAUGCUGUAUCUGUGUCAGGAGUAUGCGCCAUUAGAUACCCUAGAAAGAUAUGAUUCUGAGAAAGACAUCACUGUUACUGGAGCACGCCCGCAUGUAACCUUCCCUUAG